CUCUCCGAACCCCGCUUCGUCUCCACUCCGACCGUCGGAGGGCGACCCGGCGAUCGGACAGAAGGCCGGGGUAUUCAUGAGGUGUUGCGAAUGGAUUGAUAUUUCAUAUAAACCGUCUCAUCGCAGAACUGUCAGCUCCUCAUCAAACAAUAAGACGCAGUGAAAAUGUCUCCUCAGCCACGCCUCAUCCUCGGGACCAUGACCAUUGGUCCCGACGCCGACAAGGGCGCCCGUAUCACCGACCUCGAGGAGUACAAGAAAUGCCUGGACUACCUGUCGGCCAAGGGAUACAAGGAGCUCGACACGGCGGCCGUGUACGUCGGCGGGAAGCAGGAGGGAUGGACCAAGGACGCCGGCUUCAAGGAGCGAGGCUUCAGCAUCGCCUCCAAGAUCAUGCCUGUGACACCCGGUGACCACGCCCCCGACAAGCUCGUCCCCGCGUGGGACGUGAGUCUGGCGAAACUGGGCGUCGACGGCAGCGACAUUUUCUAUCUGCACGCGCCUGAUCGGGCCACCAGCUUUGAGAAGACGCUCGAAGCUGUGGACCAGAUGUACAAGGCUGGCAAGUUCAAGAGACUGGGUUUGAGCAACUAUGCCUCGUGGGAGGUGGCUGAGAUUGUCGGCAUUUGCGAGAGGAGGGGUUUUGUGAAGCCCACCGUGUAUCAGGGCAUGUACAACGCCAUUACCCGCGCUCUCGAGUCGGAGCUUGAGCCAUGUCUACGCAAAUUUGGCAUCUCGCUCGUUAUCUACAACCCAUUGGCUGCUGGACUCUUCUCGGGCAAGUACACCAGCCUCGACAAGCCGGCAGAGGGUCGCUUCAGUGACAAAGCUUCGGCCAUGGGCAAGAUGUACAUGGAGAGGUACUUUAAGCAAUCGACCAUGGACGCCCUGUCCAUUGUGGAGCCCGUGGCCAAGAAGCAUGACAUUCCCCUCAUAGAGGUUGGGCUUCGGUGGUGCAUCCACCACAGCAAGCUGCAGACACCCGCGAAAGGUGGUAACGAUGGCUUGAUCUUGGGUAUCAGCUCAUACUCGCAGCUGGAGCAGAAUGUUAAUGCGUGCGAAAAGGGGCCGUUGCCGGAUGAGGUGGUCGAAUCGCUGGACAAGGCCUGGGAGAGGACUCGUGGUGACGCCCCUACAUACUGGCGAUGAAGAGAGAAAUGUGAAGGAUAGUCUUGCUGGUAGUCAGUUAUGAGUCUAAUGGGACUCCAAAACAAACCCUCAUGGUGAAAGCAGCUUUCUUGGUUGGAAUUUUGCCGUGUCACUCAUUGUACCACAGGAGCUCGCGAUGAAGAUACCUGACGUUGGAACUGGGUGGCCGCUCAAGAGAGUUAGAGAAAAUAGGGCAGUCCUUUACGCGGAAGCCUGGCUAUUCUCCCAUCC